CUCACCCCUCCCCUUCCCUGCGCAUGCGCACUAUCCAUCGCCUAGGAAGCAGACAUGGCGACGUCCCUGAUCUGCGGACGUCUGACGGCUCGCCUGAGGACUUCAGGCCGCAGAAGCGCGAUUAGCUCUGCUUCCAAGGUUCUAGCAGGUUCCUGGGGCCUGACUGGAGGCCAUGUGGGCCAGCUGCAGCAGCAGAGGAGCCUCUCCUUGCACGAGUACAUGAGCAUCGGCCUGCUGAAGGAGGCGGGCAUCGCCGUGCCCGAGGGCCUGGUGGCCGGCUCCCCGGACCAGGCCUACGCCGCGGCCAAGCAGAUCGGUUCCAAGGACCUGGUGGUCAAAGCUCAGGUCCUGGCGGGCGGCAGAGGCAAGGGCACCUUUGAGGGCGGACUUAAGGGAGGAGUCAAGAUCGUCUACUCGCCCGAGGAGGCGCGAGACAUUUCCUCCCAGAUGAUCGGCCGCAAACUGUACACCAAGCAGACGGGGGAGGCGGGCCGCAUCUGCAACCAGGUGUUCAUCUGCGAGCGCAGGUAUCCUCGCAGGGAGUACUACUUUGCCAUCACCAUGGAGAGGUCAUUUCAGGGCCCCGUGUUGAUCGGCAGCUCGCAGGGGGGUGUCAACAUCGAAGAUGUGGCGGCAGAAAACCCAGACGCCAUCGUGAAGGAGCCCAUCGACAUUGUGGAAGGCAUCAAGAUGGAGCAGGCGCUCAAGGUUGCACAGAAGAUGGGGUUCCCUGUGGCGCUGCAGAAGGAGGCGGCAGAGAACAUGGUCAAACUCUACCAGGUCUUCAUCAAGUACGACGCCUCCAUGUUGGAGAUCAACCCCAUGGUGGAGGACUCCUCUGGUCUUGUCAUGUGCAUGGACGCCAAGAUCAACUUUGACUCCAACGCAGCCUACCGCCAGAAGAAGGUCUUUGACCUGCAGGACUGGACUCAGGAGGACCCUCGAGACAGGCAGGCGGCCUUGGCCGACCUGAACUACAUCGGACUGGAUGGAACCAUCGGCUGUCUGGUCAAUGGUGCGGGUCUGGCCAUGGCCACCAUGGACAUCAUCAAGCUGCACGGCGGCACACCUGCCAACUUCCUGGAUGUAGGAGGCGGAGCUACAGCCCAUCAGGUGACGGAGGCCUUCAAGCUGAUCACCUCAGACAGGAAGGUCCAGGCCAUCCUGGUCAACAUCUUUGGAGGCAUCAUGAGGUGUGACGUCAUUGCCCAGGGCAUCAUCAUGGCCGUGCGAGACCUGGACCUCAAGAUCCCCAUCGUCGUGCGUCUUCAAGGAACACGAGUGGACGACGCCAAAGCUCUCAUUGCUGCCAGUCCCUUGAAAAUACUCGCCUGCGACGACCUGGAUGAAGCUGCCAGAAUGGUCGUCAGACUUUCAGAAAUCGUCUCACUGGCUAAAGAGGCUCAAGUGGACAUCACCUUCCAACUUCCUAUUUGAGCUUCCUUGCCUCUAACACUCCCCCAGAAGCUAGCCCCUCCUCCUUCCCACACACACACACACACACACACACACACACACACACUGAGCAGAUGUAUGUUUAACACACACGCAGACACACACACACACGCAGAAACACACACACGCAGACACACAUGCAGAAACACACACACACACACACACUCACACUCACUUCCACACAUGCAGAAACACACACACACACACACACACACACACUCACACUCACUUCCACACAUGUCAGCACAAUGCAUUAUUCAGCAGGACUGGAAUGAACUUCUUUCCUGAACAACCGAAGAUCCCUGAAGGUUCAAGAAGGUCUAAGAACACUAAAUGACCUCCUGCCUUCUCUUUGUUUGUUUGUGUGUGUGUGUGUGUGUGUGUGUGUGUGUGUGUGUGUGUGUGUGUGUGUGUGUGUGUGUGUGUGUGUGUGUGUGUGUGUGUGUGGAAGCCAUGUCUACUGACUCUUCUAGUAGUAGUAGUGACUCUGACUGACUUGUGUGUGUGUGUGUGUGUGUGUGUGUGUGUGUGUGUGUGUGUGUGUGAGAAGACACUCUUGGUGUGUACGUGUGGAGCCAGCAUCAUGUGAGCCUUACAUCGUAGUUCUUCUUCUAUUGGGGGUGGGGAUUUCUCUUAGUCGAUGCAAGGCCCCUCCCACACUCCAUCCCUGCCACGCCCCCUUUCUCCCUGUGACAUGACACAUUGUGACCUGAUGAUGUAAAUAAACAAAGUCAAUAUUUAUGUCAUGUCAGAACAAUAAAGAGAGGACUUAAAACUGA